GAUGCCGGAAGUAAACUUGGUAGAUUUGAAAAUAAAAUUAUCUUUCUACUUCGAUAUAUUGUGUGAUAUCUAGACAGUUGUAAUAAAAAAUGAAUGCUCCACAGGUAUCACUAAAGGUGAUAUGGGGUGCUCAUUUCAUACUGACAGUCUGCGCAUCUAUGAGCUCUCUUUACUUGCCACCUGCUUAUAUCUACAUGAAUACAUUCAUCUUAGUGUUGGGCAUCUGGGCUCUUAUACAGAAUGAAUCACCUGAUGCAGUAUUUAUGUUCAUGCUCAUGCUCUUAGCCUCCAUUAUGUUGGACAUAAUAUUCAUUGCAGUACACCAACCUAGAGCUUUUAGACAAAUUGAAAUCCUAUCAGGUUCACAAGACCUCAAGAACGAGUACAGGUUCUCUUUAGGUAUGUCUAUAGUGAAUCUUAUCAUCAAGCCAAUCACCAGCUUCAUUUUAUACCGAAUCUACCAGGAUAGGGGUGGCAGCUAUGCAAACUUCAACAUCCCAGGGAUGCCUACUUUUACUGGGAGCCCUCAACACCAUGGUGGCUAUGACAACAUAGAUCAAGCCCAACCUGUACCCUCUAACAAUGUAGAAACUGCAGAGCCCCACCAGACAUUUGAGAAGCCCCCUAUACCCUGAGAUGCAACAGAACACAGACAUUGUUCCAGUACAGACCAGAAUUCACAUUGAAAUGAGCAGCUGGUACUAUGAAGAUGAGAAUUGGUCAUUUAUUUGAAAAAAAAUUCUUUGAAUUCUGCCAUAUCCACAUCACAAUAUCCACCUCAUAAUUAACCAGCACCUAUGUAUAAGUGUUUUUAACAUGAAACAUUUUCAAAUAAAUGACCUCACCAUAUCCUUGUAUCAUUCGAAAACCUGAGGCAUGGCAUCUAUUUGCCACCAAGUUUUGAUUAUUAUUGACUGUUGCAGACCACUGUAGCAUAGCUAUUUCGCCGUUUUAGAUUUAACAAAUAAUGUGUUCAUGAUCAUGAAGUAC